CGCGUGUCACGUGGUGCGCGUGUCGAAGGUCACGGCGCGCUCACAAUGGAGCUCUCGGAGUAUGUGCAGAAAGGCUUCCAGAUGCUGGCCGAUCCCGGCUCCUUCGACUCCAACGCCUUCACGCUUCUCCUCCGGGCGGCUUUCCAGAGCCUGCUGGACGCCCAGGCGGACGAGGCCGUGUUAGAUCACCCAGACUUGAAACAUAUCGAUCCAGUGGUUUUAAAACAUUGUCAUGCAGCAGCUGCAACUUACAUACUGGAGGCUGGAAAGCAAAGAGCUGACAAAUCAACUCUAAGCACUUAUCUAGAAGACUGUAAAUUUGAUAGCGAGAGAAUAGAAUUGUUUUGCACGGAAUAUCAGAAUAAUAAGAAUUCCCUAGAAAUCCUACUGGGAAGUAUAGGCAGAUCUUUCCCUCAUAUAACUGAUGUUUCUUGGCAUUUGGAAUAUCAGAUAAAGACCAAUCAACUUGAUAAGAUGUACAGACCUGCAUAUUUGGUGACCUUAAAUGUAGAGAACACUGAUUCCCGAUCCCACCCAGAGAUUAGUUUUAGUUGCAACAUGGAACAAUUACAGGACUUAGUAGGGAAACUUAAAGAUGCUUCGAAAAGCCUGGAAAGAGCAACUCAGUUGUAACUUGGGGAAGUUAACGAUCUGCCCCGGUCUAGAGGAAGACCAGGAACGCCUUGCCGUCCGCCAAACCAUCGUUUCUGCGAGCUGGAUGUCUUCCUUUUCAGGAGAACAAAUUUUUUCUUUUGGAUUUCUGUCACUCAUCAAUUUUGACACUUUAUUUUUUUACACUUGUGAAAGGGUUAAGAGGGAAAGUCUGCCUAAGUAUGUGAAUCAUCUUCAGUAUUAUCCGUACACUGAUAUUUGAUCUUUUCCAAGUCUUCCAAAAGGAAGCAGACAGUAUUAUAUUCUGAAUAAGUAAGUUGUUCCCACUAAAGAGUGCUGAGAGUUUGUUUGGA